AAGCUAGUAAUAAACUAUUUUUGCACAUAAACAUUUUACAAAAGAGCGAUGUACUUGCUUAUCGCAGUCAUUGGUAAAUCAACUUCUUAUAGAGAGGACAUCUAGUGGAAUACAACAAGCCAUGUUCAAGCUCAUUGGUAUCCUGCUAUUACAAGCAGUGGCGAUGGAAACGAAAGCCUCAAAAAAGCAACGUCUUGAUGCUUGUUAUGGCAACGAUAUUGUUAUGAACUGUCCACCGUUUAUUGAAGACAAAGAUCCACAAAUGGAAUGGCAGUACAAGACGACCACUGGGACGUGGAAAAGGGUAGCUAAACUCGACAAAACAGAUAUCAGCACUUACCUAAAUGAUACACAUCUUGCAGGCAGACUAACACAUCACCGUAAUGGCUCAAUACUAAUUCAAUCACUCAAGAACGAGGACACGGGGUUGUACCGCUGCGUUGUUCCGGGAACUGCUGGAAUAAGGAAGAUAAAUGUCGUUAAACUGAACAUCACUCGUUGUAAUGCUGAGCAGUUUGAUAACAACAUAACCCGUCAGUUCAAUAAAAUUACAACCCAAGAGCCACGCAAAAUCCGUCAGUAUACUAGGUUUACAACCCAAGAGCCAGGGCAAACCCGUCAGGACAGAAGAAGUACGACCCAAGAGCCACGCCAAACCCGUCAGUAUACUAGAUUUACAACCCAAGAGCCAAACCAAAACACCACAACAAGAGUAGAAACAUCGACAAGCACGUGGUCCACGAUCAAACCUUCCAUUCCAGCAAUACAAACAAUAGUAACCACGGUAACGACCACAGUCACAACCGUACAUACGCAAGAAACUGCUGAAGAAAAACGUGAUGACAGAAUGCCAAUCGAAAGUAAAACAGCUUGUACAGGGAACAUGACUUCUGCGUCUGGUGAAUUCCAUUCACCCAACUUCCCACAUGCAUAUCCUGCCAACACUGAUUGCAAAUGGACCAUCACUGUUCCCCAGGACUACGCGGCCAUUCAUAUCUUACUUGAGGCAAUGAACCUGGAACACGAGAAGAGCUGCUUAAAUGACUUUAUUGCCGUCUAUGACGAGCUUGGUAACCAAGUCGGAUCACGUAUCUGUGGAGCGAGUGAUUCACCAAUCACAACUCUUGUGAAGGGAAGGAUAGCUGUCAUCGUAUUUAAAUCUGACCACUCGGUUGAAAAAACUGGGUUCAAGAUAGUCUAUUACGGCACCGGGAUGAACCACAAUGCAUUACGCUAGAGCUAUAAAAAAAUGAUGUUUGUAAUGUAUGUUGUUAAAAGUAAACGUAUUUUUGUAGUUGA